CCAGCCGCCUCCCAACACGAGCUCUCUGAUCUCCCUCCGAAACUACAACCCAGGUUCCAGGAAAAACGGCACACCUGCAGCUGAUCCUGCAUGAUACACUGCUAUUAAUGGGAUGCCCCGGUUGAUUUAACACAACGGUGGAACACUGCGGACAUCAUCGUUGAAGAUUAGCAAUGACUCCCGCUGAUGGAGGACGGAGGAGCUUCUUCCAGGAAAUUACGUCAUGACAGCGCCAGCUGUACCGCUGCAGUGGCGGGAGAUCUGCGGUAGCAACAUGGACGUACAGAUGACAGACACGGAGACUGAACAAAUACAGACAAACGUCGAGCCAAAGAAAGAUGAAGAAGUCCAAGCUAAAGGGUCCACCAGCACGUAUGAGCUGCCAUGGGUUGAAAAGUACAGACCGCUGAAGUUGAACGAGAUUGUUGGCAACGAAGAUACAGUCAGCAGACUGGCGGUAUUUGCAAGAGAAGGAAAUGUACCCAACAUAAUUAUUGCUGGUCCACCUGGUACAGGUAAGACCACCAGUAUCCUUUGUCUAGCCAGGGCUCUCCUUGGGUCGUCCAUGAAGGAUGCCGUCCUCGAGCUCAACGCCUCUAACGACAGAGGUAUCGAUGUGGUCAGGAACAAAAUCAAGAUGUUCGCUCAACAAAAAGUCACACUCCCGAAAGGGCGACACAAGAUCGUCAUUCUGGAUGAGGCAGACAGUAUGACAGAUGGGGCGCAGCAAGCCCUUAGAAGGACCAUGGAGAUCUACUCCAAGACCACUCGCUUCGCCCUGGCAUGCAACGCCUCCGACAAGAUCAUUGAGCCCAUCCAGUCUCGAUGCGCCGUGCUGCGCUACAGCAAGCUGAGGGACGAGCAGAUCAUGGCCCGGCUGCUGGAGGUGGUGGAGAAGGAGGCUCUGCUGACCACCGACGACGGCCUGGAGGCCAUCAUCUUCACCGCCCAGGGGGACAUGAGACAGGCCCUGAACAACCUGCAGUCCACCAACUCUGGCUUCGGCUUCAUCAACAGUGAAAACGUCUUCAAGGUGUGUGAUGAACCACACCCUCUGCUGGUGAAAGGCAUGUUGGAGCAUUGUGUCAACGCCAACAUUGAAGAGGCGUACAAGAUCAUAGAGCAGCUGUGGGCUUUGGGCUACUCUCCUGAAGACAUCAUCGGGAACAUCUUCAGGGUGUGCAAGACCUUCCAGAUGGCAGAGUACCUGAAGCUGGAGUUCAUCAAGGAGAUCGGCUACACCCACAUGAAGGUGGCGGAGGGGGUCAACUCCCUCCUGCAGAUGGCUGGGCUGUUGGGACGCCUGUGUAGCAAGACCAUGCCUCCUGCUGCCAGCUAACCCUAGCCCCAUCUACCCCCCGUCUACCCUCCUACACUCAUAUCACCUCCCUCCCAAGACCCCCCCCCCUGCUACCCCCUCCUUGUACCCUCCCUACCCCCGUUCUACCAUAAUAUCUAGAUUAUUCUAACCCCCAACCCCCUUCAUGAACAUAUCUGUAAUAAAUUGCCUUUUCUAUAC